AUGACAGAUGUAGAUAUGACAGAAAAGUCGACGACGACAACAACAACAACCACAUCAUCAAGCAAUGGCGACAAUACCAACAAUAACACAGAAUCAAUGAUGGACGACACAUCAAACACAAAGAACAACAACUACACCUCAAUGAUGACAGACGACGAUGAUGACUAUGUUGUAACAGAGAUGCCAGUGUAUCUAUCACAGAACCUUGCGGACAACUUGUUCCUCUUUCAAUACCCCUUGCGACAACCAUGGCGUCCUUACGACAUGUCUAAACUUCAAGAGCUACGCGUCAAACCCAAGCAACAGCGUGUCGAGAUGGAUCUGGCCAUCGAGACCGAGUCCGAGAACUACAACGAUCAAUCAGAAAUCAAACCAGACUCCUACACACUCUCAUCCACAACAGUAUCACAUCGAACCAACUACGCAGUUGGCAUUGUUCGCAAUGACGAACUACACUUGACACCUCUUCAAUCAAUCAUUCAACUGAGACCUCACUUCAAGACUGUGGAUGAUCUGUAUCAAGAGGAGAAGGCAGAGAAGAAACGAACUGCGAUGGAGAGUGGUGAAGUGGAUGAGGACGAAGAGAACAAGCAACAGCCAAUCUCAUAUAGAAAGCCAACAGCCAAGCAAGCGGCGGCAUUGCCAGGCACAAUGCUCAAGAAGAUGGAGGAUGAAGAGCAAUGGAUAAAGUUGGAUUUGGUUGACGACUCUUCCAAUGAGAGUACAAUCCAGAAUGUUAGCAAACUGAUGGCACCUGAAACAAAGGAGAUACCAUUCGAUUUGGAUCGCUUUCAAUACCUGGAUCUGUUGUGUCCGAGGAUACCAGAGGAGUGGGUUCCAAAGGCAAGUCAUCUGCAAGAGACAGUGUCAUUGGAAGCUAUACAUCAGAUGCCUUGGGCCAACCAGGUGAAGCAGAUAUUGAUCAAUGGCAGCAUCCAACCAUUCUCCAAGAUAUAUCAGUUGCUGGGCGACAACACUGUGAGCGAGUUUGACGUCGUUCAGGAGCUGGACAACAUUGCCGUGCUACUCAAGGGUCGAUGGGUGAUCAAGAGCGACGUGAUCCACAAGGAGUCCAACAUGAUCAUCGCGCGCAACUACCUGAUACACCUGUUCUUUGAGCAGGAGUUUGUCAACCGCAAGGAGUUUGCCGAGCGCACGCAUCUCUCGCCCGAGGAGUCGCGAGAGAUGAUCUCCAAGAUCGCCAACAUCAAUCACACGGUCAGGCAAUGGUAUCUCAAGCAGCAGCCCGACGAGGACUUUUUGCAUCGCUUCCCAUUGAUCGCCGACAAGCACGAGUACAAUCUGCGCGACCAAAAGGAACAGACAUUGGCAGCACUCGACGAUAUUAUGGACCCGUCAAAGAACCCGCUGUUGGACAUUAUGACGCGUGGCAUUAUGGAUGCGGGACAUGGCAGCAAGUUGAUCAAUGUCAAGGCGUCUCAAAUGGCCAUGGACAAUGGCGGCGUGGAGGCCACCUCACUGUCCUCAAUACCCGAAGACUUUACUGUUGGCAAGACACUAGACCAGCAACUACUAUUCUUCCUGUACAAUCUGCUCAAGCAACAUGGUGUCUGCAACAUUCAAUUUAUCAAACAACGUCUUGCCCUAAAGGGAGGUGAAGAGAUACCAAACAACUUGUUGAAGGACUUUGAAAAUGACAAGGCGAUCAAUGAUUCACUCAAUCUGAUAGCGGACAAGGCACAUCAUGCUUAUUUCUUGAAGUCAUCGGGCAAUGCCAAUAUCGACAAGUAUCGCAGGGUCGUCAUUGACUUGUUCAAGAAGAAGAUGAUCUUGAAGCGUACUGAUAUCACCGAUUCCUGUCAACAAGUGCUUGGCGAAGACAUUCCAGCAUCAUUCCGAACGACGAUCCUCAGUGAACUUGCCUAUCUCUCAAAGAACAGUGCAUGGGUGUUCAAGGCUGGCAACUAG